GUAGCUAUCGCGCACAACAAUAAUUCAAAUUAUUUUCGAUAAAGCUGUGCUGGGCGCUCCGUGUAGGCCCUUUUUUCUAGGAGCUGUUCAUAUAAAAAGCUAUUUAUUGACAAAAUGAGAGAGUGUAUCAGUCUUCACAUUGGUCAAUCUGGUGUUCAAGUUGGUAAUGCAUGCUGGGAACUUUAUUGUUUGGAACAUGGUAUUCAACCGGAUGGACAUAUGCCAAGUGAUAAAACAAUUGGUGGAGGGGAUGAUUCAUUUGAAACUUUUUUCAGUGAAACAGGAGCUGGAAAACAUGUUCCACGAGCAGUUAUGGUAGAUUUGGAACCUACUGUUAUUGAUGAAGUCCGAACGGGAACAUAUCGUCAACUUUUCCAUCCAGAACAGCUCAUAACCGGCAAAGAAGAUGCAGCUAAUAAUUAUGCUCGUGGUCAUUAUACUAUUGGGAAAGAAAUAGUAGACUUAGUAUUAGAUCGUGUCCGAAAAGUAGCUGAUCAAUGUGGAGGUCUACAAGGUUUCCUUAUUUUUCAUUCAUUCGGAGGGGGGACUGGAUCUGGAUUUACAUCUUUAUUAUUAGAACGUAUCAGCGUGGAUUAUGGUAAAAAAUCAAAACUUGAAUUUGCCAUCUACCCAGCACCACAAAUAUCUACAUGUGUAGUUGAACCAUAUAAUUCUAUUCUAAAUACACAUACUACUUUAGAACUAAGUGAUUGUUCAUUUAUGACUGAUAAUGAAGCUAUUUAUGAUAUUUGUCGACGCAAUUUGGAUAUUGAACGUCCUACCUAUACAAAUCUUAAUCGAUUAAUAGCUCAAUGUGUUAGUGCAAUCACUUGUUCUCUUCGAUUUGAUGGAUCAUUGAAUGUUGAUUUAGCAGAAUUUCAAACUAAUUUAGUCCCAUAUCCUCGUAUUCACUUCCCAUUAGCAACACUUGCUCCUGUUAUUAAUGCUGAAAAAGCUUAUCAUGAAAGAUUAACAGUUACUGAAAUAACAAACAGUUGCUUUGAACCAGCGAAUCAAUUAGUUAAAUGUGAUCCACGUCAUGGUAAAUAUAUGGCUUGUUGUUUAUUAUAUCGUGGUGAUGUUGUACCAAAAGAAGUAAAUACAUCAAUAGCAACUAUUAAAUCAAAGCGUACAAUACAAUUUGUUGAUUGGUGUCCAACUGGUUUUAAAGUUGGUAUAAAUUAUCAACCCCCAACAGUAGUACCUGGUGGUGAUUUAGCCAAAGUACAACGUUCUGUUUGUAUGUUAUCUAAUACAACAGCUGUCAUUGAAGCAUGGGCUAGAUUAAAUCAUAAAUUUGAUUUAAUGUAUGCAAAACGUGCAUUUAUUCAUUGGUUCGUAGGUGAAGGUAUGGAAGAAGGUGAAUUUUCAGAAGCAAGAGAAGAUUUAGCAGCUUUAGAAAAAGAUUAUGAAGAAGUUGGUGCAGAUACUGUUGAAGGAGGUGAAGAAGGCGAAGCUGAAGAAUAUUAAUUCAAUUUAUGGAACAAAAAAAACAACAAAAUAUGAUUACUAGAAAUAUAAAGAAUAAAGCAGAAAAGGCAAAAAUUAAUUUUGAACAAAAAUAUCACGAAUAUUAAGUGAUUAUUUACUGCAAACAAAUUUAGUAAAACUACCAAUCAAUAAAUGAAACUAUACAACAUUUACAUGAACAAAAUAUUUACUAAAUGGAAAAUUUAUAUUCCAGACACUUGUAACUACAUAAAAGAAAUAUGCAAAAUUU